AUGCCGUCUCCACCAAAGAGCCCGUCUAUUGGCAUCCGCUACAUCUCAGACGCUGUGAAGAGCGACCAUCGCCUCCUCGAGAGGCUCUACACCUCCCUGGCCGCCCCGUCAUCCACCAGCAGCCCGGACAGCCAGCGCGCCCUGUGCUCGCGGUUCGCCUGGGAGCUGGCCCGACAUCUGGUGACGAUGGAGCUCUUCAUCUUUCCGGGGACCGCCCACCGCGCCAAGCAGGGCAACCAAGCGGCGCAGCACAGGCAGCGAGACAUGGCGCAGCUGCGGCAGGCGCUGCGGUCAUUCUCGGCGGUGGCGGCAGCAUCCAAUCCCGGCUACGAGAAGCUUAACAAAGUGUUCAAGGAGCUGAGUGGGCCUUUGAUACAGCACAUCCGCGACAUAGAGCGGGUAGAACUAGUGAACAUCGAAAAGGUGCUCAGCGCGCAGGAGAGUGAGGAUCUGGCGAGGGACUUUGAGAGGUCCGUUUUCUUCAUCCCGCAUGGUGUGCGGGAUGAGGAAGAGGAGGAUGCUAGCGUUAAGGCGCCGUAUAAGACUGUCGGGGGGCUUUUAGAUGCCGGCGCGGAGGAGCUUCGUGCUGCGAUGGAGAAGUUUCCUCGAGAAUGA